UCUGCAAAAAUACCAUCAACAACCGCCCGCAACAUUUCGUAUUUCCACUGCGCCUUUUUCUUCCCACCAAUUUAAUGAGUCGCUCUCGGAUUUCUAUAAACAUUACGCCUUCAAUCCAAAAGUGGCAGACAAUCCACUUUUCAAUUCUAAUUCGCUUCAUUGGUACCUGAAAUGGUGAAAUCUGAAGACGCAAAGAAAACACGCGUGAAUCAAUGGUAUCUGAUUUUCAUCGGCGCUGCCGUCGCUCUCGUCCUUGCUGUUUCGUUUGUUCCGAGGAACUCUCCGGUCGCCUUGAUUGAUCGCAUCAAAAGCUGCUAUUGCUCUCAGGAAGGGCUUAAAUAUCAUGGACUUGUGGAGGAUUGUUGUUGUGAGUAUGAGACCGUGGAUCGGAUCAAUGUGGAGGUGUUGUAUCCCUUGCUCCAACAGAUUGUGAAAUAUCCAUUCUUCCGAUACUUUAAGGUAAAAUUGUGGUGUGAUUGCCCUUUCUGGCCGGAUGAUGGUCUUUGCCAUUUGAGGGACUGCAGCGUCUGUGAAUGCCCAGAGAAUGAGUUUCCUGAAUCAUUUCGGAAACCUUCUGGAACUGGUCUCUUAUCAGAUAAAUUAUUUUGUCAAGAGGAAAAGCCUGAGGCUGCUGUAGAUCGAACAGUAGAUGCUAAAGCUUUCAAAGGCUGGAUGGAGGUGGAUAAUCCAUGGACAAAUGAUGAUGAGACAGAUAAUGCUGAAAUGACAUAUGUGGAUCUACAACUGAAUCCUGAACGCUACACAGGCUACAGUGGUCCCUCUGCAAGAAGAAUAUGGGAUGCUACUUAUGUAGAGAACUGCUACAAUUAUCCAUCUGAGGAGUGCCAAGAGAAGAGAAUAUUGUACAAGUUGAUAUCUGGUCUUCAUUCAUCCAUCUCGAUUCACAUUGCUGCUGAUUAUCUGCUCGAUGAGAAAACAAACACUUGGGGCCAAAACUUAUCGUUAAUGUAUGACCGGGUCUUGAAACAUCCUGAUCGUGUCCGAAACUUGUACUUCACUUUUCUUUUUGCACUUCGAUCAGUGUUAAAAACUAAGGAAUAUCUGGAGCAAGCUGACUAUGAUACUGGAAAUCCAUUAGACGACAUGAAGACACAGCUCUCGUUGAAGAGGCUGCUUAAUGAUCAUCAACUGCUAUCUACCUGCCCUAAACCAUUUGACGAAGCUAAACUGUGGAAAGGCCAGAGUGGACCAGAACUGAUGAGGCAAACACAGAAACAGUUCAGAAAUAUAAGCGCAUUGAUGGAUUGCAUUGGGUGUGAAAAGUGCCGUCUUUGGGGGAAGCUUCAGGUUCUGGGACUCGGGACUGCACUAAAAUUUUUGUUCUCCGUCAAUGGCGCCCAACCAUCUGCUCAGCGACUGCAACUGCAAAGAAACGAGGUUAUUGCUUCAAUAAAUCUUCUCAAUCGGCUCUCGGAAUCAGUCAAGCUAGUCCAUGAGAUGGGGCCUUCAGUCGAGCAGAUGUUCGGAAAAAUCAUCAGAGGACCAAGCGACCAAACUAGUCAUCGGAGCUAGUAGGUUUAUAAAUUUGAAGGAUUAGAAAUGCAUGUUGUAACUUACAGAUCCAUGAAUGUUGAGUAUACCAUCUUUUGUUAUGUAACUCGUAUUUAUAUAAAGGAUGAUUUUGUAACUUUUUUGUUAA